ACUGACAUAAUUUUUGGAAAAUCUAUGCUUUGCUUGACCUCAAGAUUCCUGUGUCAUUAGGAUCAUUAGUAGUUAGAGUUGUUAUAAUUACUUGUGUACUGUAGGUUCUGCUUAAAUGCCUCUGAAGUAAGUAUUUACCCUAUGAAAACUCUUAGCAUUGCUAAGAUCUAUUCUGGUAUGUUUCUGUUGUAUGGAAAGAAAAGUUUAUUUGUCAUUGUGUAUUCUUGGGUGUUUUUUUUUUUUCUCUUUCUUGAUUCAAUACGUUCAUUUCAGGGAGCCUGAAGUCUGGAAGGAAUCGGAUUAUCCUUCUGUUACUCCAGCUGAUCAUGGGAAUUCAUGGUCUGCUAUUCAGGGUUAUGCUGACGCCUCCACCGAAGACAGCUCAGCCUUCUCUUGGGGCUACGAUGAAUUUGAUAAAGCUGCCACACAGCAAGUUGAACAGAUGCUCAGAAAAAUUGAUGAGCUUCUCUAUGAGCAGAAAGAAAAUGAGUAUUUUGAGGAACUGCAGGAAGAAUGCCAGCAAUGGACAUCCAACUUUCCUCAUCUCAGGGUUGUGGGGAAGCAGAUUGUGAUCCCCACAGAUGAAGGGUACGGAUGGUAUUCAAGUUUACCUUCUGUCAGUUUAGGUUCCUCAGAUGUAAGUUCACCACCAGAAAAAGAUUCUCAUGAAUUUAGUGUUUUUGGCAAGAAGGUACCUCUUUCUGUUACUCCCAUUCACAAAAAGGCUGACCGUUCCAAGUCUCCGACCUUGUGUUCUCCAGAGAGUGAAGAAGGUGAAGAUGAAGUAAUUGUCUCUGAAGGCAUAAUGGAGGAAUAUUUAGCAUUUGACCACAGAGAUGUAGAGGAGGAGUUGCAUGAGAGGAGAAAGGGACUGUCCUCUGGUAGACGGAAACUGGGAUUUCCUCCUAUCUCUCCAUAUGCUUGUAUGAAGGAUUCUGUGCUUACAUUUGUGUUUGAUGAUGUGUGGAGUGAAGUCAUAAGCUGCAUGGAAGAAUUAAUCUGCAGACACUGGGAAGGGUCAGCCUCUGAUGAUGAGAAAAAUAUCAUAGCAGUAGAAGCAAUCAGAGCAGAUGCUGAAAGUGCUUUGCAAUUUGAUCCUCUGCCAGUGUUGUUACCUCGUGUGCCACAAACUAAAAUGCCCUCAGUGACAUCAAAUCCGGUAAAUCUCUCUCAAGUGUCAAGUACUGGCUCUCAACGUAAUCUAAAUGGAUUGAUGGUAAUACAGGGGAUCCAGCUACAGCAAAGGAAUCUGCCUGUAAUGGAGAAAACACCGGAUCUGGAUGACAAACAGCUGGGUUCCAGUUCUAUCCUCUCUAACAGAGUGUGGCCAAAUCGUCCAUUAGAGCUCAGCACAUCAUCCCUGUCACAUUCCACAAGAAGGCGAAACCCACUGCCACGUACCCUGCAUCCCAUCAACACAAGCCACUCUCGUACUGGGACUCCAGCCUCUGUGGAUGAUGUCUUCGGGGGAACUCAACUUCUGACUGCACAUGAGCAGCUUACCUCAUCCUCCCCACUGCUGCUAAACCGAAAUAAUCUCCUACCACCUAUUAAUACCACCAGUAUGGCAGGUCAUAUGAGCACUGCGGGAUCCCAGAGGCAAACGAAAUCUCGAGGGAACUCAAGUCGAGCUCACAGUGUAACAGCACAAGAAGAUACCCACCAGCAGCUACAGGAGCGGCUUCUCUUACCUGAUCAUUUCUCCAAGCCUAACACAACCAACACGUUCUUGCUAGAUCCACAGUGCCGCCGUUCUUACACUGUUAUUGAUCACAGUAAUCGGACAAGCAGAGGAUCAAUAGGUUCAGGUCUUCAGCUGCAUGGGUCUGUGAAAGCCCACAGGCGAAGUGGAUCAGUCACAAAAAGCAAACAGGGGUCUAAUGUGCCAUGAAGCAUUCAUCCAUCUCCACAGAGUCAUGAACCACCUCUCAUUCUCAGCAAUGUCAACAUUGUUUACAGAGUUUUCAAACACCCUUCCUUUUGAAUAGUUAUUUUUAUAUAAAUCUAAGAAGCAGGUGCCAAAGAUUAGAAGGGGUAUACUUAAACAUUCCAUUUUCUACCAGUAGAAGAGUUAUACUCCGGUGGAAGGGUGAUCACACUCCAGUGGGCAGUAAAGCCUAACUCCUAGAAAAACUAGCAAAUGCUCUUGGUCAUUGCUGUUUUCCCAUUACGGGGUUGUGACUGGUUCACGUUGUUAUGGGCAGGUUCUGCAGAACCUGUUGAUUUUUCUGUUAGCUCUACAGGAAAUUAACCAGGCCUUCCACAGCAAUAGUAAUUGAAACUUUUUAGAACUAUGUAACUGUAUUUUUAUGUUUAAAGCAAUAUUACACUAUCAAAGGCAAGCACUGCAUGAUACUGCUUCUACAAAUCAACGUAGACCUAAAUUAUGAAUCCUGUAGUAAUUGCAGCAGAUAUUAAUACACGUGUAUAAAACUAAGGUAGCAAACCAGAUGAACAAAACUGACAGGUUCAAGGGUAGCACAGCACUGACUCAUCCUGUGUUACAUACUUACACCUCUUCCUCAGUGACUGAGGAACCUUUAAGAGGCAAAAAAUACUCUUUUAGUACAAGUAGCUCCAGACAGUAUUCAAAGAAAAUACAUUAUCUUCCUGGUGGGAUAUUUUACAGAAUAGGUCAGCCUCCCUUUCCAGAAAUACCUGCAAUUAUACAAGAUUUCUGCACUGCACCCUGAAGUUCCACAAAUCGCAGAUGCAAUGUAGCUUUUAGUAGAUGCAUUCUGCACUGUGUGAGAAACGUACCGGAGGUAUUAGCUGUAGUUGCCCUUGUGGCCCCAAAUAAGACAAAAACAUGAAAUACAGGCUUCUCAAAAUAAGUGAUUAUGUCAAGGUUUUAGUCCCAAACAGUAAGCACCAGACUACAAGUAUAAACACAAGGAGAAGAUAGCCACUUACUGUAUUUUAGCUAAGUUAGGGUUCUGCAUGAAAACAGUUGCUCCUUUAUAACCCACUUCAAAAGCACUUUUUUCUGAACUUCCUUAUUACUAUGUUUCAAAUUACAAUUCAUAUGGAAAAAACUUGUCGAGAGUUCUUUUUGAAGUGGCUCCCUGUUUCCCCACUCUAAGUUAUGCAAUCUGUCAAAUGUUAUUGGUACCUGCAGAACAACUAAUAUUUUUUUGAUCAGUAUUGAAACUCUUGAGUCCAGCUGAUCCAAGCGUGCUCUAAUCAAAAAUAAGGGAAAAGAAAGCAAAGCAGAACUCUGCAAAUGUAACUGGCUUAAUUUUCCUUUGCAUUUCUAGAAAGGAAAAAGCACACUGGGCUCAGUUGAAAUUUCUUAACUUUGCAUAGAGAGAAACUGGUGCUGAAGAGAGGCCUCUAGUCAUUAAACCCUUUCAAAAUACAGUUUCUCUUAACAUUGUACAAUGUCAUUUAGUUAUCUCAAGCUUAACUGCAGAUAAGCAUCCCAUUUUUUAUCAGUGCCAUUCCUCAGGGACCAGCUUAAGUUUUCUGUAGUCCUAGUGCAUAAUUUGUAAAAAUAUACACAUAAACUUGCAUAAAUCUCUAGCAAUAUAAUGUAGUAUUUUACAGCCUAGAGGAGUCACUGUGUUAAAAAAGUGAAAGCAGUCUCAUAAUAAGGUAGUUAUUGAUUUCUGUACAAGUGGUUGACACCAGAGACUUCUCCUGGGCUGGGCUUUUUUUACAAAAAGUAAUGUUCAAGUCAUGUGUUGUGCAACAUAACAAUAUGCUGUACUCUCAGAAUAAUCUUUGCAAGCAGCCAAGUAAAAGGGAACAGAGUUGUUAUCUACCUCUAGCUUCCCCCCAGGAAGCUCUAUUAAAUAGUCAGUUCCUAAAAGCUACCGCUGCAGCAAUGAGGACCUUCAACUCAACAGGAAAUGUUCAUCUUGUGGCUCAUAAGCCUUUGAAAAACGACCCACAAAAUAAAGCCAGCCCCAUUCCUUUGAAUUGAAAGCCAGUUACCCUUCAAAUUCAUACCCCUAUGCACUAUGUUAAAUGGCUUAAAAACUGAAGCAAAAAAGCAUUAAAGUAUUUGUGCAUCUUACAGCAGUAAUUCACUUCUGAAAUAACAGAAGUGUUCACAAAAGCAAUGAAGUAGCUAAUCACUACCAUCCUACAGCAAACUGGGUGGUGAUGCUAUUGAAAUAACAUGCAAUACAUUUCCUAAACUUUGGAAUUCCCUGUCACAGGACAUCAUAAACCCUAAAAAUAUUCAGUUUGGUGUAUUUUUAAGUUUUUUGCCUCAUCUCAGUGUUACAGAAUUGCUGCAUGCUGCAGUCUCAUACUCUUUUAUUUCAUCUGCCACAGGCAAUCAAAGACCAAACACUAGGUGACCCUUUCAUCUAAUGCAAUCAUGUGCACUGACACGGUUAAUAAUAGAGCCAUAUUUUCUGGUGCUACAGAAGUAUGUAGUAUUUACUUGACUUAAAUUAGUCAGAGUCAACAUGAUCAGUUUGAUUUGACAGCUAACUAGAGAAUGAGAGCAGGCUGGGGAAGCAACAUAGCAAAGAAUUAUGUAGAAAGUUCCCAUUUAUUAAAUCUACAAUUUUUCAAAGUAUCUUUAUAAAGCCACUGGAAGACAUAACAAACACUUGUUGAGCUGAAGUGCAAAGACCUUUAAAACCAGCAGGUUUACUACAAAAGGCAUGUGAGUAGCAAAAAGAUAGUAUUUUCAACUUGGAAACCACAAGAAAGCACUGAAGACUCAAAGGUGGGAUUACAUUGUUUUACCAUCAGCUGUACCAAUACCCAUUAGGUGAUUGGAAGAAAGAAUCAACACAAGUUUAAUAAACACACUGGCAGCCUAAACAUCA